AGGUGCUGUUAUUCAUUAUUGAGGAUAACUAUCUUAUAUAGAAGAUGAAAAUGCAAAUUGCUAAGUAUUUGGCACAUCAAAGUCAGGGAAAUGCUUUACUUCGUGGGGGUAAUUUUGCUUUUAGGGUGCUCAUGCUUGACAGUUUCGGCUCAUCCUGGUGAUGAAGUCUGCUGUGACAAAUGCUGUGAUCAAGUCAAAGGCUCGUGUAAGUCAUUGACUCUUGAGCAGAUAACACCAUGCUCGUAUAGUUGUAAUUGUGAUGGCAACUAUACGUAUGCCGUGGAAAAAACCUUUACUAAUUGCGGAAGCGGCAAACUCUGCUAUCAAGGAGAUUGCUUACCCGUAGUUCCUGAUCAGUGUGAAAAAUUAUAUGGGAAACACUUCAUUGGUCUUCUGAAUCCUAGCAAUCCAUGUGUGUAUUACUGCUACAGCGAAAAUCAGCCCUGUCAGCAAUAUGAAGAGAAUUUUCAAGAUGGAGCAAGUUGCUUUACUUAUAAUAAUGUUUACGGGCAAUGUUUGAAGGGAAGAUGCGUUGAAGGAGGAUUAAUUUUCAACAGAGGCUCGAAGACAACAACAUCUUCUGCUGCGGCAGCCGCGUCAGCAUCUUCGGCCUCCAGUUCAAACGGAUCCUCGAGUUCAGCAGCAUCAGCAGCCUCGGCAGGAAGCUCAUCAACAAAUGGCGGGCAAGGAAGUGGAGUUUCUAACGGGAGUUCUACAGCUAAUAGUAAGAGCACUUCGUCCAGCAAUGCUUCUGGUAAAAAGGUUAAAAAAGACAAUACAGGGAACGGAAAUGGACGAGGAAGCAGUUCCCACAGCUCUUCCAGUUCAAGAUCAGAAUCUUUUUCAAACAGCAACUCAGAAUUCGGUGGAGGAAAUUCUGCAGCUGGAAGCGCCAGUGGAGCUGGAUCGCAGUCAUUUGCAGGAACCUCUGGGAAUGGAGGAGCAAGCAGUAGUGCCGGGUCCUCCUCCAGUUCCUUCUCUGCCAGCGGAGUAUCAGCCACAGGAAGUAACUUAUACUCCCAAAGUAACAGCGCCGCUGGAGCAAAUAGUUUCGCUGAAAGCAACGGAGGCGGAUCUAACUCAAACAGUAUCGGCUCAAGCUCAGUCUCCAACAGUUACGCAGCUUCAGGAAGCAGUGCCGGAAGUAACUCAAACUCAGCCGCCAACAACAACGCAAUUUCCGGAAUCAGUGGAGGAAGUAACUCAAACAGAAUCGCCAGCAGCUACACAGGAAACAGUGCAAGCAGUUACUCAAACGCAGCUGCUAGCAGUUACUCAACUUCUGGAAACCCCGGAGGGAGUGACGCAAUCUCAUCAGCAAACAGUUUCGCUGAGUCUGGAAGUUACGCCAACUCCGCCGGAGGAGUAAAUACAGCUGCCAACAGUCUUUCUUCAUCAUCAUCAUUAGCUGGUGCUUUUAGUGGUAAUCAAGCAUCCGGAGAAACACCAGAUGAAUCAGGUGGUUCAGCAGCAGCAAAUGCAGCAGCAUUUGCUGGAAGCUCCGCAUUUAUAAAUUAAUGUUAGUGUGGUGGUCUUUCGAAUAUCUCGAAUAAAAACGAAUUACAAUCUUUCA